AUGUCUUUUCAGACCCCUGUUGGAACUUGCAGGGCGAAUAUCCCCGGACUAGGGAUACUGGACGGACUGCAAUAUGCCAAUGGCGUACAGCAGUUCUGUGGCAUCCCUUAUGCAAAUCUUGCAAAGCGAUGGUCCAGAUCAACCUUGAAAACAGACUGGGAUGGGAAAUAUCAUGAUGGGACGAAGUUAGGGAACGACUGCCCAAGCCCAAUUGUCGACGGCGAUGAUGCGAAUGAUCUGGUCCCUGUUCCUCCACCAGCUCAUUUUUCUGACUCCCGACUGGUGGAUGAGCUGUCGGCACUCGUCAUGAAUAUUGUCAUUCCUCAUGAACUCGACCUGGAGACCGAAGGUCUUCCAGUCUUCGUUUAUGUUCAUGGUGGCUCUCUGCUAUAUGGCGGAGCGAAUCUGCCAAUAUUCGAUGCUGUCAAUCUAGUAUCUCAGAGCAUUGCUGUCAAAAUGCCCAUGAUUUGCGUCAACUUCAAUUAUCGCGUCGGUAUCGGUGGUUUUCUAGCUGGCGACGUCAUUGCCAAUGAGCUAAGUGCCGAUGGGUAUCAAGGAGGCGGGAACUUUGGUUUCACAGAUCAAAAAGUCGCGUUCGAUUGGGUUCAGAAAUAUAUCAAUUCUCUAGGAGGCAACCCACGGAAAGUGACAGCGGUGGGCGAGUCCGCUGGUGGAAUUUCCAUCAGCAACCAACUCCUUGCCGCGAACCCACCAGUAUUUAACCGUGCAGUCUGUAUGUCUGGUCUAUCCGCAGCAAUUCCAGCAUGGACGAUGACACAGCACAACCAGUUCUUCGGGGCAGUUUGCGAUCAUUUUGGAAUUAAUCCCGCGGCGAAUGAUGCUCUGGAGCGACUUCGUGCUAUUCCACAGCAGGAGCUGGCCAAUUCGACACCUGAUAUCCAAGGUGUUCCUUCUGGAACGGGAAAUCCGUGUCUAGACGGCUGGUUUUAUCGUCAUGAAGUGAAUCCUCUGGAUGUAAAUCCACUGCCUUCUUGGUUAGAGGAAGUGAUGUUUGGUGAUACCUAUCAUGAAGGGGUGAUUUUCCAUCUCAAUCUGCUCGAAGAAGAUUAUCAGUCUAUCCGCAAAAUUCUCCAAACUCAUAUUGGAGACGAUUCUUAUACUGACCUGAUUCUGAAGGCAUAUGUUAUCACCGAUAGUCUCUCUCACGAGGAGCUCCUGGGUCGUGUAGAGCACAUGUGUGGUGAUGCCAUAUUCAAAAUCCCAAACUAUCUUCUUUCUCAGAAAUUAGCUGGGAGGAAGCGGUUCAUAUAUCAUUUUGACCAGCGAUCUCGCAUCCUGAAUGCGUUUGAAAACACUGCAUAUCACGCUCACGAGCUGCUUUAUCUUUUUAUGAACUUGGAGAACAUGUUCAACAAAGAGGAGAAAGUGAUGGCUCGUGAAUUUGCCUCUGCCUGGAUUCGAUUCGCAAACGGAAUGGAGCCGUGGGAUACGCAUCAAGAAGAUCAAUGGAUGAUAUGGGGGCCCCUUAGUGAGAUGAAGCUGAAGAUGGAGUUGGAAGAUCAGGAAGUCCGUGACUAUGAGCGAAUGAAAUUAAUGUUGAAGUUAGAUGAAGGAAGAGUGUGGAAAGGAUGGUUGGCUGGAGUAGAUGCGUUGGUCAAUCGACGGUGGAAAUUGUUUGGGAACCCUCACGAAUAG